CUCUGUGCGGCUAGUAGCCGAAGGUCCGUUUCGUCGAGAACUGGGACAGCAAGCGCACCUCCUACAGUGUAUGUGUGGCAACAACAUGUCUGUGCCGCUGCUCUCCGAGGCUGUGACGGUGUCUGGGAAGGAGAAGGAGACCGCGGCGGUGAUCUUCCUUCAUGGGCUGGGAGACUCAGGCCAUGGGUGGACAGAGACUUUGACAGGGAUCCAGCCGCCUCACGUCAAGUUCAUCUGCCCCCACGCGCCCCAAAUGCCUGUCACUCUCAACAUGAAGUUGAUGAUGCCCGCGUGGUUUGACCUCAUCGGUCUCAGCCCUGACUCUCCAGAGGACGAAUCUGGAAUCAAGAAGGCAGCAGACAACAUCAAGGCCAUUAUUGAACACGAAGCCAAAAAUGGGAUCCCCACAAAUCGUAUAAUGCUCGGUGGCUUCUCUCAGGGUGGGGCUUUGUCCUUGUAUACCGCCUUGACCUGCCAGCAUCAGUUGGCUGGUGUUGUGGCCCUCAGUUGCUGGCUACCACUUCACAAGAGUUUCCCAUCGGCGUCAAGCGGCAACAAGAACCUCCCGAUCCUGCAGUGCCACGGUGAGGUGGACGCCAUGAUCCCAGUGCAGUUCGGUGCCAUGACGGCAGAAAAACUCAAAUCCAUAGUCAACCCUCAGAUGAUCACCUUCAAAACCUACCCACGGCUCCCUCACAGCUCCUGUCCUCAGGAGAUGGCAGCUGUAAAGGAAUUUAUCGAGAAGUAUUUGCCCCGAAUCUGACCUCACCUCAUUCCCACUGUGACCCCCCCCCUCCCGAGACACUGACCUCUCACCCCUGAUCUGCCAUUCUCCCACAGGAAACAGCCAUGAGCACCUCCUCUUCCACGCACAUCGACAAGAUAACAAACACUCACAUUUGAUGAUAAUGAUUUGAUCCACACUGCUAAACUAAACAUUUGCUCCUUCAUGCAGUCCAACCCAACAACACUGAAAACAGAUUUGUCAAAAACACUGAUUCGAUGGUUACAUUAACAAGUGCUCGCACUCACAAGUCUUAGCCUUUCGGAGGGAGAAACACUGACUUACACAAUACAUUCCCUUUAGUUUUAUUUAAACAGCCUUUGUCCGACGCCUCCACACGACCUCAGUUCUUCUCCACUUUUACCUCAUUUUGCUUCCACCUUUUUUUCAGCUGUUACAUCCUCCAUUGCUUCCACUGCCACGCCUUUCUUUCUUUCAUUGCUGUGUCAGUCUGUAAGACGUUUAGUGGAAAUCCAAUAAUGAGAUCGAGUCAGAUAAGCAUGUAACACCUAUCUGAUGCUGUCAGUGAUCAUACUCAGGCGCAGUCAGACCAGAUUUUGCUUCUCAUUCUUUUCUAUGUGGGGCAGGGUGAGACACAUUGAUUGAAUUUUGAUAAGCAAAGUUUGAGCACCAUGCUGGUAAAUUUCCCAAGCGGAAAUUUGGUCUGACUGCGGCUUCGCUACAGCGUUUGAAUGGACUCAGGUGCAGGGAGUGCUGUUUUUAGAGCUGAAGCAGCUGGUUUCCCACCAACCCAUCCAUCUCACAUCCCACCACCCCAUGACAGUGCACUGCAGCCUGUCCGGGUCUUGCAUCGGUAAUCUUGAUCACUUUACUAUAUAAGCCCCUUUUUAUUAAAGUACCAAAAUCCACGGGGUCCUCGCAUUUCUUUUUUGUAACGAGUGUGAUAACAUAUCUUGAAUUAUAUGACGAGAAUUCAAUUGAAAUAAAAGAAACCUAAUCAAUCGACGCUUUUGCCACCCUGUGCUGUUUAUUUCAAAACCUCCACACCUGCAUGUUAGCAGCCUCUUUCUGCUUUUUUAUCUGAUUCUUUAUGUAAAUUACCUCAGCUGAUUUCCUUUUUUUUUUAAUAAGAUUGUAGGUUUAAAGAGGAAUGACUGACCAGUUUGAAAUAAUGCAUCACUCCAGAUGGUUGCAGGCCCGCACAGACUGCACACCAUGAGUCGUUUCACUGUUCCUCCCAACGACUUCUCCGCUUUAAACUUUUCCCCCAUUCAAGUGUGCCUGUUUCAGCAUCCGCACCCCACGAACAGCCUCCUCUUCAUUCGUCCCAGUUGAUUUGCAAUUUAACUCUGGAAAAAACUGCUCCCUCCAUAUAUUUUUCCAUGAAACCGAAGCAGUCCUGAGUUUAAAACGGCAUAGACCAUUUAUCCCCAAGAAAAUGUCCACUUCCCAGCUCCCUCCUUUUGGCAACUUACUGUAACCCACUAAUAGAAUAUAAAAGGUCAGAAGUUAAACCCAAGUAUAUUAUAAUUCACUUCUUUAAAAGAAAAAAGACUAUACACUGGGAGGGCUUUGGCAAGCAGCUGUUCCAACACAACUGAAGGUUGAUUUUACAAAAAAAAAUCUUUAACAACUUGUAAUCCAAACUCUGAGGAGUUGUGUGUGUGUGCUAUAUAUAUGUAUGUAUAUGUGUAUGUGUGUAUAUAGAUAUAGAUAUAUAUAUACACACAUAUAUGUAUGUAUAUAUAUGAAUAUAAAAUCAGGUGUUCAGCAUUUUCCUUUGUGAAUGUUAAUUUUGCUCUCCUCUUGAUUACCUGUUCAACAUGGCUGUUCAAACUGAUUUGAAGAGAAAAAGUGGAAAAACAGGAAACAAAUCAGUCUUGAUUGUUGUUCACUAAUCAUUGAAUGUGUCGUAUCUCUGCGAGUCCUUUUAUAUUUUCCUGUCGCUCUGAGCGCUCUGUUGGCUUCUCUUUAUUGACUUUUUUUUCUCCUCUUUGACACCUUAAUUUUUUUUCUGUUAUUCCAACAUUUCCCCCUCUGCGAUGACAUCGUACUGUCUUGUGUGUUUUCUCCUCGGUUGUAUGUUGUCAUUGGUUAAACUUUCUACACAUGUGUUUAUUGUUUAUUGGACUUGUGUUUCGUUGUGUAUUGUCACCGUUGUCAUCUCAUCCUUUUUUGUGUCUGUUUAUAAUGAUGAUGAUUAAGAAAACAUGUUGAGGUGAGUCUGGUGGUAAUUCCGCUUUUCUUUUUUUUUUGUUUGUUUCCAAAACACCUGU